CGGCUCGCGCAUUGACUGUGGACGCGCACGGUGAGUCUACUUCUCUGGUGCGCGCUUCGACAGACAGUUUGACGUGAGGACUUCUCCAAGUAGGUAGUACGAGAUCAUCUGCAACUUUAUCUACUUUUACUGCAACGCAAAAAUACUCAAAAGGUUCAUCAUGGGAGUCCGGUUUAGCAAAGGGAGAGAAGCUGCCACAGAACAGAAGACUGCAGCGGAGCCAGCAGCUGAGCCAGCAGCUACACCGCCAGCAGAAGACUGUGGGAUAACACAGGUUCAGGAGGCCAUUAAGACCGAGAUUCUGGAUGUGGUGAAGGAGGAACCAGCAAUGCAAUGUCCCUCUCUUCCUACUAAAGAAUGUGUGAUGGAUACUCCUGCAGCCUCAGACCCACUAACUGAUGCUGAACCAGAGCCUGUGGCAAAGGAAACCCCAGCUCCAGUCCAACCUGAGCCUUUGGUCUCAGUCAGCGAACCAUCAGAACCUGUUGCAGAACCUGUUGCUGAAGCUCAGCUUGCUCCAGAACCAGCACCAGAGGCAGUUCCCGCACCAGAGGCAGUUCCCGAACCAGAAGUAAUUCCCGCACUAGAGCCAGUUCCCGAACCAGAGGCAUUCCCUGAACCUAUCUCAGAGUCUUUACCAACCCCAGCUGAUGCUCUGGAGCUGCUUAGCCAAGAGUCGCUCCCUGAGCCAAUGAUUUCUUCCCUGCCUUUGAUUGGCCUGGGUGCCCCUGAUGUAACUCCCCAACUUAUUGACAUUUCUCCAAUCACCGCCUCAGUCAAUGCAGACGAGCCCUCAGACGUCCCUGUGAUCGAGGAAUGCCCAGAGAGUGUUGAGGUUUCUGUGAUUCCCGCAUGUGAGCCUGAAAUGAGUGAGGAAACAUCAGAGUCUCUGGAAAAGUUGAUGGAGGUGGAGGCUGCAGCAAAUUUGGAGCAGCUUGUGAGUGAUGCCAACGAGGAAAGUGUUUGUGGACUGCUGAAGAACUUGGACCUGAAAGGAAAUGAGCUUGUAGAUGACCUCAUUCCCAUCGACGUCAAGAUCCCUGAUGACAUGGGCACUUCCACUGAGCUGAUGUGAAACCAUGGAAGAGGAUUCAUAAAAUAAGUGAAUGAAUACUUUUCUGUGAAACUUUCUUAACCCCUUAGAUGAAUUCUGAAAGAAUCACAGAUGCAAUGUUUUUUUCUAACCUAAGUGGCCUAAUAAAGGCGAACAGUUAUAAUUCUCUUUCUAAAUGAACCAAAUGUGCCAAAAGACAAAAAGGUAUAUUUGUGGGGCUUUAACAGCACGGGGGUUAUGAGUGUACUUGAGUAUAUUGCUGGACAACAGAGAUCUUCCUCUAUGCAAAUCCACUAAGCAAGAUUAAAUGAAUUUCAUUAAAGGUCCAGUGUGUACGAUUUAGGGGGAUCUAUUAGCAGACGUAAUAUAAUAAUCCUAACCAUGUUUUCAUUCGUACAUAAUCAACUAAAACUAUGAUUUGUUGAGUUUUCGUUGGCUUAGCAUGCUCCUCUUCGGAGUCCACCAUGUUGCACCACCAUUUUUCUACAGUAGCUCAGAAUGGACGAACCAAAAUCUGGCCGUAGAGAGGGCCCUUUACAUUUUUUCAUUACAUGAAGGCAACUGGAGAUGGAUAUGGAGGUGUAGGCUGAGUUGGUAUUCAGUUGGUUUGUAAUCACUCACUGCUAGAUGCCACUAAAACAUUACACACUGGACCUUUUUAAAGAUAAACGGAAGCCAUUGCUAUAUAACAACGCCCUACAGAAAAAGGUUGAAGCGAAGAAUUUUAAUGUUGAUUGAGUUCAAAGUGAAAAGCGACCGCUUCUUGAGGUGGAUCUGCGAGUCUACAGCACUCCAUGGGUGAAUGCAAAACGACAGGCAAGGGACAGUAGCAAUUCAACCAAAGAUGGAGACAGUAUAUGCAUAACGCUAUAUAGCCAGAUAAGAGUGUCAAACAUUUAUGCCUUAACAUAGUCAUGUUUGGACUUUAAUAAUCCAUAUCCUUAUUGUAUUUUCAACACAAUGGGAUUCUUUAACCCAAGUAGUUGCUUGCUUGUAAAAAUAAAUAAAAAUAUUAUUCAUGUGUUA